GACCAGUCAAAAUCACUUCCGGGGGCAGCCAAGAGCUAUGAGCGCCAACGCGGAGCCGAGGCGGCGCCCCGGAGUUGGGGUCGGCGUGGUGGUGACGAGCUGCGAGCAUCCUCGCUGCGUCCUUCUGGGGAAGAGGAAAGGGUCGUUUGGAGCCGGCAGUUUCCAGCUUCCUGGGGGCCAUUUGGAAUUCGGUGAGACCUGGGAAGAGUGUGCUCAAAGGGAGACCUGGGAAGAGGCUGCGCUCCGCCUGAAGGACGUGCGUUUCGCCUCCGUGGUGAAUUCCUUCGUCGAGGAGGGGAACUACCAUUAUGUCACCAUACUGAUGAAAGGGGAGGUGGACACGGCGCAUGAGUCAGAGCCGAAGAACAUGGAACCGGAAAAAAAUGAAGGUUGGGAGUGGACUCCUUGGGAAGAAUUUCCUCCAUCAGACCAGCUUUUCUGGGCUCUCCGUUGCUUAAAAGAGCAAGGCUAUGACCCAUUUAGAGAGGACCUGAACCACCUGCAUGGGUACAGAGGAGAGCAUCUCGAAGGAGCCAAGAAAAUUCCUUGAUUUAAAACAAAACUUUAGUAAAUGAAAGAUUCCAUGUUUCAGGACAACUCCCAUUUUAUCUGCAAAGCCGCAUGGUCGUUAGUUUGUUUAGUCUCCUAAAGUAACUGGAACCCUUAAGAAAACCUUCCUGGAAUGUGUCCCUGAGUAGGGUGAACAGGAGCUUGUGGCUAAUUACAUCUACUGCUGUAAGUUACUCUUGUCAGCUGCAUGGAGGCAAGUGUGACAGAUUCUGUCUUGCUGUUCUAAUUCAAAUAGAGGUCAAAAUUCAAAUACGGUCAUUCAGAUUUGGAAGCAAUUUGCCCACUGCAAAAUUCGUCUGUGCUUGUUGCUGUCCUUUCUCCUCUUACUUGAGAAGAAUUUUUAAACGAUGAUGUGACAGUCAUGACGUGUGUUUGGCUGUACUUCCCCGAUUUCUGACAGGGAAUCUGUGCUAAAUGUGAGACAGACUAAGUUUGGAUCCUACUGCUAAAGGUCAAGCUAGCUGCGUUUCCCUCUCUCUGCCUGAGAUCUUGUAUGUGUCCUUGUGUGGUGGCAUUACACAGAGCGAUGCACUGGGUCUCUGAGUGUGGGGGAUCUCCCAGAGGUCAUCCAGAACUUUGUAGGGGCACCAAGGGCAAAAGCUGGUUGGUUGAUUGCUCUCCCCUCCAUUCCCCCACCACCCCCCAGCAAAUUGUAAAGCUUUCCUGUGAGAGACUGAACAGUGAAUGUCUCACAGGGCUGCAUGCACAGGGCUGCAUCCUGUCUGCAAUGAAGGCUGGUUUGGAUUUUAACCUGCUUCUGGCCUUGGGGGUAGGGUGGGGGUGGAAAAAUCACCUUCUUGGUGUAAGGAUCACCCCGGGCACAGCCAAUGUUAAUAGCGGAAGCCCACGGUGAUCAGCAUCCAGCCAAGCCCUGGAGUGCAUGUGCUGUCUCAUCUUAGUCAGGCAGAGCAUGGUUUUCUGGCUGAUGUUUCUCCAGUCACUGGCUCCCGCUGCUGCCCAGGGCCCUGGGGAGCUCUUCCUGUGAGGUUAUUUUCCAGUCCCCUCUGCUGCAUCGAUGCCGCCUGAGCUCUGUAUCCUGUGCUUUGGGCUCUUGUUCCUUCAAUAGCAAUCCUGGUUUACCUGUUUUCUUUCUUUGGUUUUUAUGAGACAGGGUUUCUCUGUGUAGCCCUGACUGUCUUGGAACCUGUUCUGUAGACCAGGCUGGCCUCGUAGUCAGAGAUCUGCCCACCUCUGCCU